CAGCGGUGGUCGUGGCGGAGGCCGCACCGCGCAUGCGCCUGACGCCAUCUUGGCUGCCUCGUGCGCACGGCCGUGUAUCGUGCAACAACAAUAAUAUUAGGAAUCAUCAAUGUAUUCGGAUUGUAUGCAAGAAUAUGUACAAUGAGUGAGCCCAGCUCAGAUGGAAGCCCUGGAAGGCAGAGGCGGUCCACAGAAAGGAGCAGAGAGAACAUCCGAGAAUACGUCAAGCUCCUGAGUCGGAAAGUGACCGGGUCGCCCUCUGGUCACCGAACCCCAAGACUCCUUAGGGAGGUCAAAAUGUCAGAUGGGGGUUCAGGUCACAAGUCCAAGCCAGAGGGUGACACCUCUACCUCCCCAGCUCACACAAAAUUGUCCAGUAAGAACCAGGAAAGUGCAAAAGAGAAGCAACUCAAGAAGGGCAUUACGCAAACCAAGAAAACAAUGAAAUCCAAGAAGAAUUCUGGGUCAGCUAGUGUAUCAGUUUCUGGAAAAGCUGAAGUGGGUGUAAAGGCCGAAGAUAAAGAUGAGGCUGAAAAGUCAGGUGUUUUAACAAAAGCUAAUACAUCUAAGGAAAAAUUAACAAUGCCAGUACUGAAAAGUGCAAGAACUCAAGAUAGGGAUAUUGAGCCUUCAACCAGCAAGGAUGUUAGUAAAUCAGAGAGUGCAGAUAACUCUGUGGAGAAUGAAUCUGACAUAGACAGUAUUAGUUGCUUUGAAGAUUUUGAUAAGUUAGACACCAGGGAAGAAAUGCAAUCCCAACAAAAGACCAUGGAAAGAAAUAAAGUUUCAACACCAGAAGUAAGCAGCAAAAGAUCCACUCCCAAGUCAGGACGUGGUGUGGACUGCAAAAGUGAUUCACCACCUGACCUCAUCCUCUUCCUGAAAGAAGGCAGAGGGAGAGCGCAGAAUUACAGUGAGCCUCCUACUCUUGAGUCUGAAACUAUUGCUACCAGGAGACGGACACGUGUGCCUGCUGAUCCUAAAACUAUUGAAUAAGUAAAAAGAUAAAUGCAUCUCAAACAAAAGGAAAGAAAGAUGUCA